CAGUGAUAUUGGUCUGUAAUUUUUUUUUUUUUUUUUUUUUGGUAGUAUCUUUGUCUGGUUUCGGUAUCAGGGUGCUGGUGGCCUCAUAGAAUGAGUUUGGGAGUGUUCCUUCCUCUGCAAUUUUUGGGAAGAGUUUGAGAAGGAUGGGUGUUAGCUCUUCUCUGAGUGUUUGAUAGAAUUCACCUGUGAAGCCAUUGGUCCUGGACGUUUGUUUGUUGGAAGAUUUUUAAUCACAGUUUCAAUUUCAUUACUUGUGAUUGGUCUGUUCAUAUUUUCUAUUUCUUCCUGUUUCAGUCUUGGAAGGUUAUACCUUUCUAAGAAUUUGUCCAUUUCUUCCAGGUUGUCCAUUUUAUUGGCAUAGAGUUGCUUGUAGUAGUUUCUUAGGAUGCUUUAUAUUUCUGUGGUGUCUGUUGUAACUUCUCCUUUUUCAUUUCUAAUUUUAUUGAUUUGAGUCCUCUCCCUCUUCUUCUUGAUGAGUCUGGCUGGUUUAUCAAUUUUGUUUAUCUUCUCAAAGAACCAGCUUUUAGUUUUAUUGAUCUUUGCUGUUGUUUUCUUUGUGUCUAUUUUACUUAUUUCUGCUCUGGUCUUUAUGAUUUCUUUCCUUCUGCUUUGGGUUUAGUUUGUUCUUCUUUCUCUAGGUCCUUUAGGUGUAAGGUUAGAUUGUUUACUUGAGAUUUUUCUUGUUUCUUGAGGUAGGCUUGUAUAGCUAUAAACUUCCCCCUUACAACUGCUUUUGCUGCAUCCCAUAGGUUUUGGUCGUCAUGUUUUCAUUGUCAUUUGUUUCUAGGUAUUUUUUGAUUUCUUCUUUGGUUUCUUGAGUGAUCUCGGUUAUUUAGUAACGUAUUGUUUAGCCUCCAUGUGUGUUUUUUAUGUUUUUUUCCCUGUAAUUCAUUUCUAAUCUCAUAGCGUUGUCAGAAAAGAUGCUUGAUAUGAUUUCAGUUUUCUUAAAUUUACUGAGGCUUGAUUUGUGACCCAAGAUGUGAUCUAUCCUGGAGAAUGUUCCGUGUGCACUUGAGAAGAAUGUGUAAUCUGCUGUUUUGGGAUGGAAUGUCCUAUAAAUAUCAAUUAAAUCUAUCUGGUCUAUUGUGUUAGUUAAAGCUUCUGUUUCCUUAUUUGUUUUCAUUUUGGAUGAUCUGUCCAUUGGUGUAAGUGAGGUGUUAAAGUCCCCCACUAUUAUUGUGUUACUGUCGAUUUCCUCUUUUAUAGCUGUUGGCACUUGCCUUAUGUAUUGAGGUGCUCCUAUGUUGGGUGCAUAUAUAUUUAUAAUUGUUAUAUCUUCUUCUUGGAUUGACCCCUUGAUCAUUAUGUAGUGUCCUUCCUUGUCUCUUGUAACAUUCUUUAUUUUAAAGUCUAUUUUAUCUGAUAUGAGUAUAGCUACUCCAGCUUUCUUCUGAUUUCCAUUUGCAUGGAAUAUCUUUUUCCAUCCCCUCACUUUCAGUCUGUAUGUGUCCCUAGGUCUGAAGUGGGUCUCUUGUAGACAGCAUAUAUAUGGGUCUUGUUUUUGUAUCCAUUCAGCAAGCCUGUGUCUUUUGGUUGGAGCAUUUAAUCCAUUCACGUUUAAGGUAAUUAUCGAUGUGUAUGUUCCUUUACCAUUUUCUUAAUUGUUUUGGGUUUGUUUUUGUAGGUCCUUUUCUUCUCUUGUGUUUCCCACUUAGAGAAGUUCCUUUAGCAUUUGUUGUGGAGCUGGUUUGGUGGUGCAGAAUUCUCUUAGCUUUUGCGCGUCUGUAAAGCUUUUGAUUUCUCCAUCGAAUCUGAAUGAGAUCCUUGCCAGAUAGAGUAAUCUUGGUUGUAGUUUCUUCCCUUUCAUCACUUUAUAUCAUGCCACUCCCUUCUGGCUUGUAGAGUUUGUGCUGAGAAAUCAGCUGUUAACCUUAUUGGAGUUCCCUUGUAUGUUACUUUUCAUUUUUCCUUUGCUGCUUUCAAUAAUUUUUGUCUUUAAUUUUUGCCAAUUUGAUUACUAUGUGUCUCAGCGUGUUUCUCCUUGGGUUUAUCCUGUAUGGGACUUGCUGUGCUUCCUGGACUUGGGUGGCUAUUUCCUUUCCCAUGUUAGGGAAGUUUUCGACUAUAAUCUCUUCAAAUAUUUUCUUGCGUCCUUUCUCUCUCUCUUCUCCUUCUGGGACCCCUAUAAUGUGAAUGUUGUUGCUUUUAAUAUUGUCCCGGAGGUCUCUUAGGCUGUCUUCAUUUCUUUUCAUUCUUUUUUCUUUAUUCUGUUCCGCAGCAGUGAAUUCCACCAUUCAAGCCUUCCAGGUCACUUAUCCGUUCUUCUGCCUCAGUUAUUCUGCUAUUGAUUCCUUCUAGUGUAGUUUUCAUUUCAGUUAUUGUGUUGUUCAUCUCUGUUUGUUUGUUCUUUAAUUCUUCUAGGUCUUUGUUAAACAUUUCUUGCAUCUUCUCGAUCUUUGCCUCCAUUCUUUUUCUGAGGUCCUGGAUCAUCUUCACUCUCAUUAUUCUGAAUUCUUUUUCUGGAAGGUUGCCUGUCUCCACUUCAUUUAGUUGUUUUUCUGGGGUUUUAUAUUGUUCCUUCAUCUGGUACAUAGCCCUCUGCCUUUUCAUCUUGUCUCUCUUUCUGUGAAUUUUUUCCCCCCCCCACAGGCUGCAGGAUUGUAGUUCUUCUUGCUUCUGCUGUCUGCCCUCUGGUGGAUGAGGCUAUCUAAGAGGCUUGUGCAAGUUUCCUGAUGGGAGGGACUGGUGGUGGGUAGAGCUGACUGUUGCUCUGGUGGGCAGAGCUUAGUAAAACUUUAAUCCGCUUGACUGUUGAUGGGUGGGUCUGGGUUCCCUCCCUGUUGGUUGUUUGGCCUGAGGCAGCCCAACACUGGAGCCUACCUGGGCUCUUUGGUGGGGCUAAUGGCAGACUCUGGGAGGGCUCACGCCAAGGAGUACUUCCCAGAACUUCUGCUGCCAGUUUCCUUGUCCCCACGAUGAGCCACAGCCACCCCCCACCCCUGCAGGAGACCCUCUAACACUAGCAGCAGAACCAAAGCCAGAACUCCACCUCGGUCCCUUCCGCCCUCCAGACUUCUCCAGUCAGCAGCUCCGCAUGCAGCACAUGCUGUGUAGUCACCCUCCCUGGAUCUUCACGUGCUGGUGUGCAGAAGAGCCUGUCCGGCCAGGAGCUCCGUGCCCUGGGGAUCAGCAGCAGCAGCAGCAGCAGCAGCAGCAGCGAGCCUCUGAUGGAAAUCCCUGGAAUGACAAAGCAGAAGGUCAGGAGAGAGAAGGCACCCAGCCUUUGUUUGGAAAGACAAAGAAAAGGACUUCAGGCGUGUUCCCCAGGCCGCCACCCCAGCAGCAGCCGGUCAACUCUGGGGAUGGCAUCCAAGGCGUGGAGGGAGUGGCCAGCCCAGCUCAGACGGGGAGUCCCGAGGAAACAGACAGACUGUUGAAGAGGAUAGAAGUCUUAGGAUUUGGAACAGUCAACUGUGGGGAGUGUGGCCUGGGCUUCAGCAAGAUGACAAACCUGCUCAGUCACCAGAGGAUACACUCAGGGGAGAAGCCGUAUGUGUGCGGGGUGUGUGAGAAGGGCUUUAGCCUAAAGAAAAGCCUUGCCAGACACCAGAAGGCACACUCGGGGGAGAAGCCCAUCGUGUGCAGGGAGUGUGGGCGAGGCUUUAACCGCAAGUCGACACUCAUCAUACACGAGAGGACACACUCAGGUGAGAAGCCUUACAUGUGCAGCGAGUGCGGGCGAGGCUUCAGCCAGAAGUCAAACCUCAUCAUACACCAGCGGACACACUCUGGGGAGAAGCCCUACGUGUGCCAGGAAUGUGGGAAAGGCUUCAGCCAGAAGUCAGCCGUCGUCAGACACCAGAGGACGCACUUGGAGGAGAAGACCAUCGUGUGCAGUGACUGUGGACUGGGCUUCAGCGACAGGUCGAACCUCAUCUCACACCAGAGGACACACUCCGGGGAGAAGCCUUAUGCCUGCAAGGAGUGUGGGCGGUGCUUCAGGCAGAGAACCACCCUUGUCAACCACCAGAGGACACACUCCAAGGAGAAGCCUUAUGUGUGUGGCGUGUGUGGGCACAGCUUCAGCCAGAAUUCAACCCUCAUCUCACACAGGCGGACACACACUGGGGAGAAGCCUUACGUGUGUGGGGUGUGUGGGCGAGGCUUUAGUCUCAAGUCACACCUCAACAGACACCAGAACAUACACUCAGGGGAUAAGCCCAUUGUGUGUAAGGACUGUGGGCGAGGCUUCAGCCAGCAGUCAAAUCUCAUCAGACACCAGAGGACACACUCAGGGGAAAAGCCCAUGGUGUGUGAGGAGUGCGGGCGAGGCUUCAGCCAGAAGUCAAACCUUGUUGCACACCAGAGGACACACUCAGGGGAAAAGCCGUACGUGUGCAGGGAGUGUGGGCGAGGCUUCAGUCACCAGGCAGGUCUCAUCCGGCACAGGCGGAAACACUCGAGGGAAAAGCCUUACACGUGCCGGCAGUGUGGACUCGGCUUCAGCAAUAAGUCAGCUUUAAUCACGCACAAAUGGGUACACUCGGAAGAGAAGCCCUGUCUAUUCAGAGAGUGUGGCCAAGGCUUUCCCCAAAAGUCACACCUCAUCUUACAUCAGAUGACACACCAGGGCAGGAAGCCUUAUGUGUGCAAGACGUGUGGACAGGGCUUUAGCCAGAAGUCUCACCUCAGCAGACACAGGAGGAUGAAGUCCGCCCACCACAAACUGCGACUUCAGUCUGACCCCGAGGCCUACUCAGAGCAAUCUUCUGACCCCUUGCACUCUCUCUGAGAGUGAAGACGGUGGUGAGGACUGGAUAAUCAAACAUCGUACACUUUCAUAAAACGCAUUCCGUAAGUGGUCAAAGGACAUUUGCCUUCGUUUACUUCCUCCAUGCUAAGUCUUCAUGUUUUGUGGUCUUUUGUUCUAAUAAACUGCUUCUUUACAAA